UCCUGUUGGCUUCCGUUUUCCCAAUCAAUGGGCCAGGAAAGAGGAAGUUUAAGAGCUUCAACUUCAGAGGGAAGUCCGAUAUAAGGAGUAGUAGUCAAGGAAUGGGGAUGGUUUCAUCUUACUGCUUCUCUCGCUCCCACUUUAUAGCCUUGUGGCCUCCUCCUUUUUCCGAGUAGAGAUAAGGGUUGUUGUCUGAGGCCAUGGAUCCUCAACUCUACAGAGCUGCAAAACUUGGUGAUGUCACACUUCUCAGACAAGUAGUGAAUGAAGAUUCUACUCGACUUCUGAGAGUAACUCCACAAGAGAACACUCUCCUUCACGUUUCUGUGAGGUUUGGUCACAAAAGCUUCGUAAAGGAAGUGUACGCUGCGCUUCUCCAACACAAUUCAAGUUUAGAAGGCGACACAGCCUACAGCAGAAGCCUAUCGCUUCUCACACAGAUGAACUCAGUAGGUGAUACUGCCCUUCAUGUAGCGGCCAGAGCAGGCCAUGCUUCCAUAGCUAAAUUUCUCAUUCAAAAGAUUCUUCCGUGGCUUUCUUCCAGCCAUGACAUUGAAAAUGGAAAUAGUUCACCUGUUGGAAACAGAGUAAGAGAACUCGCUCGUGAGAAGAUAAGGAUGAGAAACAAGAGCAAGGACACAGCCAUGCACCAAGCUGUUCGAAGAAAUGACCAUGAGAUGGUGAAGUUGCUGACUGAGACAGACCCUGAAUUAGGGCAUUCCAACUAUGAUGCUGAUGAAGAUGGUGGGGAGUCUCCACUCUACCUGGCUGCUAGAGAUGGAUGCUUGGGUAUUAUCAACCAGAUCUUUCUCAUUUGUCUAUCUCCUGCUCAUGGUGGACCCCAUGGCCGGACGGCUUUACAUGUGGCCGUUGUUGAGGAGAAGCUAGAUGUGGUGAAAAUACUGCUAGGAAAGAAAGGAGAACUUGUGAAUAAGGUAGAUGAAAAUGGAAGGACCCCUCUCCACUAUGCGGUAUCCAAACGAUGCCUCAAGAUAGUAAAGCAAUUACUAAGGCAUGAUACUUCCUGUGCAUAUCAAUUGGAUAAAGAUGGUCUCUCACCACUUCACAUCGCUGCUCUUCAAUCAACCAUUAAUGUAUUUCAAGAGCUCAUCCAACGCUGUCCAGAUUCUGGGGAGUUGCUAGACAAGAAGCGUCGCAGUGUUCUUCAUUUUGUUGUGAUGAGUGAGGAUUUUAAGAAAAUCAGGUUUGCCUUACAACAAGUAGAGUUUGAGGAACACUUAAAUCAACCAGAUGAUGAUGGAAAUACCCCAUUUCACCUCGCGGCCGGUCAAGGCUCUCUUGAGCUUAUGAAACAGUUUCUUUCAAAUGGAAUAAUAGAUGUAAAAGCCAUCAACAACAAGGGCCAAACAGCUACUGAGAUUUUUGUCCUACUCUCUCCUCAAGGCACACUUUAUUCAGCCACAAUAUUUUCAAUGGUGAGCCUUUCUCUAUUUUCAGCCACAAUGCUCGCAUUACAAACCAAUUAUGAUGCCAAAUGAACUCUUUAUUUGUUG